GCCUCGGCCACUUUGCUCCUGACGAGAAGGGGAGGCGAGAGUCAGUCGGCCGGUCGGCAGCCGCCUCCGCACCUGUUUCGGAGACCCCGCCCUGCGGCUGCCCAGAGGCACUCACCCGCUCGGAGGAGGAAGGCGACGGCGACAACAACAACAACGAGGAGAGGGUGCUGCCGGCGCUGAGCACCUGGCUCUGCCCUCCGCCUUUCUGCUCGUCUCUCGCCUUCCUUAGUCGGCCGCCUCUCGGGGGACUCCGUGUCGCGGGAGGAGACGGGGGUCUGCGCGGCUCGGGAAGGAAUCACACGCAGGGCCGGGCCAGCGACGGGUGGAGCCGCGGCUCGUUUCGCCGAAAAAGCCCCCUCGAAGCUGUCGCUGUCUGGCACAGUUGCCCGGAGCCCUCGCUUUCUUGCUUUCCCGUUUGCCGCCGGGAGUGAAAACUCAAACUCUCUGCAGGAAGCCCUGGUGGCCGAAGAGGAGCUGUGGCGUGGGCGGCAGGAUGAACCCCAAUGUCACCUAUGCCAGCCGCAAGCGGCGGAAACCCGUGCAGAAGAUAUUAAAGCCUUCCCCUCCUGAAGGAGUGAAGUCAAACCCAUCGAAAAGGCAUAGAGAUCGACUGAAUGCGGAGUUGGAUCGUCUGGCUGGUCUUCUGCCAUUCCCUCAGGAUGUUAUUGCCAAACUGGAUAAACUGUCUGUGCUUAGACUCAGUGUGAGUUACCUGAGAGCCAAAAGUUUCUUUGAUGUUGCAUUGAAAUCAAGUAGUCCUACAAAGCCUGACAGAAAUAGCAUUCAGGACGGCAGUAUAACCACAAAGCCUAGAGAAAGCGUGCACCUGCUAGAGGGCGAACUUUUACUGCAGGCAUUAAAUGGCUUUGUACUAGUGGUCACAUCAGAUGCCCUCAUAUUUUAUGUGUCUUCUACAAUCCAGGAUUAUUUGGGUUUCCAGCAGUCUGACAUUAUACACCAGUGUGUAUUUGAAUUAAUUCAUACAGAAGAUAGACCAGAAUUCCAGCGCCAACUUCACUGGGCUCUUAAUCCUGUACAGUCCACAGAUUCUGGACAGAUGAUUCAAGGAGAUAAUGGCUUUUCGCCAUCAGCAACAUAUUACAACCCAGAACAGCUACCUCCAGAGAAUUCAUCAUUCAUGGAACGAAACUUCAUUUGUAGGCUACGCUGUCUCUUGGAUAAUUCAUCUGGGUUUUUGGCCAUGAAUUUUCAAGGGCGGUUAAAGUUUCUCCAUGGUCAGAACAAGAAAGGGAAAGAUGGAACUGUUAUAUCUCCUCAGCUGGCUCUGUUUGCAGUAGCUACUCCACUUCAGUCACCUUCCAUUCUUGAAAUUCGUACAAAGAACUUUAUCUUCAGAAGUAAACAUAAGCUGGACUUCACGCCAAUAGGAUGUGAUGCCAAGGGAAGAAUUGUGCUGGGUUACACUGAAGCAGAACUUUGCAUGAGAGGAUCGGGCUACCAGUUUAUCCACGCAGCUGAUAUGCUUUAUUGUGCUGAGAACCAUGUCAGAAUGAUAAAGACUGGAGAGAGUGGUAUGACUGUGUUUAGACUUCUGACCAAGGAAAAUCGAUGGGCCUGGGUUCAAGCAAAUGCCCGCCUGGUUUAUAAAAAUGGAAGACCAGAUUACAUCAUUGCUACACAGAGACCUAUUACAGAUGAAGAGGGUUCAGAGCACUUACGAAAGCGCAACAUGAAACUUCCUUUCAUGUUUGCUACAGGUGAGGCUGUGUUGUAUGAAGUCAUGUUUCCUCACCCUGGUUUAAUGGAUUCAUGUCAGACAAGGGUUAAAAGUGGUGUUGGAAAAGGCGCUGCUUCUAAGGCUUCACUGUGCAAAGAAUCUGUUGACCCCAGUUCGCUUUUGGGGGCAAUGUUGCAGCAGGAUGAAUCGGUGUAUCUCUGUCCACCUGCUUCAAAUAAAAUCUCCUUUGAGAAGGACUUUUUUUCAGACACCAGAGAUGAAUUGAGCAGCAUGAUGGGCAGAAAUUGGCAGGAUGCUAUUUUAUCAGUAGGGAAUAAUAGUAUCCUCAAACAAGAGCUGACCGACUGUCCUCAAGAAAGUACCUUGAUGCAUCCUGAAGAAAGUAUAGGGCUUUUUCAGGAUAACAAAAACAGUGAAUUGUACAAUAUCAUGAAAAUGCUCGAGGUUGACUUUGAUGAUAUAAAAUGUUUUCAGCAGGAUGAGGAAUUUUUUAAAAAUGAACUUUCUGGUGUGGAUGACAUUAGAGACAUUGACAUAACCGAUGAAAUCUUGACCUAUGUUCAGGAGUCUUUAAAUAAGACAGAUGUUUUGUAUUCGGGUUGCCAGCAGCAGCUGCCCAUGGUUCAGAACUCUGCUUGUUUAAUGCAGCAGCAACUAAAUCAAGAGCAGAUAUCAACAGUGGUGGAACAGCAACUGCCACAGCACCAGCAGCUGUGCCAGAAGAUGAAGCACAUGCAGGUUAAUGGGAUGUUCACAAACUGGAACUCUGUCAGCAGCACAACUCUUAAUACUUCACAACAGCAGAUGCAACCCUAUGUCUUUUCUGGCAUGCAAGAACUAACUCAGGAAUUUCCUUACAAAUCUGAAGUCAGUGCAGCAUCAUAUGCAUGUAGGCAGGAAUAUAUUCCUUACAAGCAGCCUACCAGCAUGGUGCCACAAAUCACAGAUUUCACACAGAUAGACUUUCCCAUUGGAAACUUUAAUCAAUCAACUUAUUCAAGUUCUUCUGAAUUGGAUUUCCUCAAUUGUUUACAAGUCCCUGAAAGUCAGUCUCAUGGGCAGAACUCUCAGCAAAUUACAGUAACCCCGCAGGCAUGCUAUGCUGGUGCUUUGUCAAUGUAUCAGUGUGUGUCUGAAACCCAGCCAAACUGCACGGAGCAAAUACAGUAUAAUCCUGUGUUAUCAGGACAACAGCCAUCGUUAAACAAGUUCCAGAAUAGCUUUGCUGGAGGAAACUUGCAUGAUGAAUAUCUACAGCAAUUAGAUGCUGUCAGCACUCAACCUGGAACACAUCUUCAGCCUCUUCAUCAUUCAACAGAAUCCAGAUCUUUCUCAGAUUUAGCAUCCAGUGGUUUUGUGUAGUUCAACAGCAAAAUAGAGAAUAUGAUCAGGACUCUUUAAGUGGAGAAUGAAAAUCAGAUGUUGCACUUAAUAUGCAUGCAUAUAGAGUAUGUCAUUCAAAACUUGCUAUUUAUAUGUGGAAGUUGGAGCUAUUAUUAUGGCCUAAAAGUGUGCACAUGUAAUUUUCAGUGAGAGUAUGCACCAUUGUAAUAUAAUUGCUGCAUCACAUUACAGAACAUAAGAUAAGGCAAAUGGUUUUAUUGUUUUGAAAAUAAAAUGGAUACUGUGAGUAUCUUGUUUGGAAUGGCAUAAAAAGUUUCAUACAUUACUUCAAGCUUUUUUGAAACUGAUGUUCUAGUCAGAAGAGCAAGUAAAGCAUAUGGUUUAAUUGCAUACUUGCAUAUGAUUUUCCAUUUCUCCUUUUAUUUUACACUUCAGGUUCUUGCACUUUAAUAGAAAGUUUGAUAGAAAAAAUGAUGUGCAGUUUUAGGUUUUGUACAACCAAAUCCAUUGCAUUCCUUCUUUACAGUUAGCCUUAAGUGCCUCACAAUGUAGCUUCCUUAUCUUUGAAAGGCGCUUGUAGGAAAGGAAAGGAUAUUCACUAUAAAAACUAGAAGUCCAUAUUUUAUGACUGUUCUUUUGUUGCUGUGGUUUGUUUGAAAGCUAAGGAUGUUACCUUUAGCUUUCUUUCUCUACUAAAUAUAAUUUUUAGGGCUUCAGGUGGGGCUUCUUGUAAGAGAUUAAGAUUCUUGGUUUUAUGUUCUGCUGCUUUUUUGCAUUCUUCAGGUAGAACAGGGUAAAACAGACAUCUUGUAGGGGUGUUCAUCUCCUAAAGAUUAUUUCUGAAUUUCAGAUAUUAAAGAAAAAAAAACAUGUGCCUUAUCUUGUGUUACAAUGCUUAUUCAAAGGUCUUUUUUAAAAGUAUAAAGCUGUUCUAUGCAAUUAAUUCCAUUUAAAAUGGUUACUGAGUGGUUAAUUUUAAAAAUUAGUGCAAACAAUGUCUCAGUAGUAAAUACCAUUAACUUUUACUUUGGUAAACAUUUCCACACCAAGUGUCACAUUUUGAUUGGCUGCUGUUUCCUUCUGUUUCAGUGGGAAAAGGGUCCACUGACAUUAAACGUCCCUGAUGAUUGCACUCUGAAGGAAAAAGCUAUCUUUAUAUUUUGCAAAUUCACUUUAAAUGUCUUUGUUCACCAGAUGAAACUUAAAAUUUAUUUUAAUUCAAAUUUAGAAAGAAAUUAUCCUUGCAAGAGAAAGGAUACUUUAAACUUUGUUUUAAAAAUUAAAAAAAACUUAGUUCUUUUUUAUCUGAAGAUUUUUAGAAAUGUAAGCACCAAUGUUUGGUGUUUCAUAGUAGUUUAAAUGAGGGCAGGAAAUAUACAUGUACAGGCAAAUGAAUGCCAAUAUAUGAUGUAUAGUUAAUAUGUAAGAAGUACCAUUUACAUUGUAAAAUACUUUAAAGAAGUUAAUUUUAAAUUGUUAUCCCAUGCAGUUAUAACAUAUAUUGCAUAACUGUGUACUGCAAAUGACGGAAUGGUGUGUGGGUUUUUUUUUUAAUGAAAAUACUGCCUCAGGAGUGUGUUGAGAUUUUUGAUGAAAAAGCAGUUUCAGUCAAAUUUAACAUAAGAACACAAGGAAUGUUUGUAGAAGCAUAGUUGUUGUUUCGUUUCAAGCGACUCAGAUGAACUACAUUUUUUUAAAAAAUUACUUCCCAAAUUUAUGUAAUGUUGACCUUCUGGAAAAAAUUGUUAGGCAAUUUGUACAACUUUGAACUUAAGAACUAGCACAACUUUUAAAGAGCUUUUAAAAAGUACUUUUUGAUUGCAUGCUUCAUUUGAAUAAUAUUCAUAAAUAAAUACAAUUUUGGAGUCGUAUUGUCUCUUAAGGCACUAGGGACUUUGCUCGAGCCAUUCCUAAAUGUAUUAGUUCAGUAGUAACUUAAUUAUUUCUGAAAAGUUCAUGUGGUCUCACUUCUAAAUGAUUUCUAUUGCUUUUUUAAAAAACAGUAUAUGAUUACUAUUAUCAUUACAAGGGUAAUUUUAACAAUCAGAAACUCUACUUUAAAAACUCAAGGUUCAAAGGGAUAGCAUAAUUUUUUAUAUAAAAAGAAAAAUGUGGGGAAAACCACGACAAAAAAUUAUGUGUAUCAUUUCACUGCUAAGCCAAAUAUUAUCCGAUCACGUAAGUGCCAAGUUUGCAAUACAAACUGUGUGCUGCCUUAUUGUAAGUUAGUUUAUGUUAUGCAUAACAUCAACUUGUUUUUCUUCAUUAGGUUGUGCCUAUAUCCAACAAACCUGUGUAUUGGUGUUGCACUGUCGAUCUAUACCAUACUCUUAAAAAGCAAUGAAAUUCUGACUUCAUCCCUUGAAAACUUACCUGUCUUCUCCCCAUUUCAAAGUAAUUAUUGCCUAGUUUUAAUCAGUAUUAGUACACCUUUUGUAGAUUAUGUCUUUACUUUUUCCUUCCAUUCCCCAUUCCCCUUUUGUCCAUGUUUUAUGUUAUACAAUUAAUUUCUUGUGUGUAAGGUUAUAAUUUUAUAGCGCUUUUAAUGAGCUUCAGUAAAACUUGUAAAGCUUAAUAUAUGGUAAUAAAAUAUCACUUGAAUAUACUGAUCCAUAAUUUAUUUUACAACACAACAUAUUUGGCUUAUAUUACGAGAAAACACAUUAUUAGAGAAAAAUACAGACAUUUGAUACUAUAUCGCCAAACUUUGUUUUCAGAAGUGCAUCCUACAUUAAGGUCAGAUAAACCACAAAAUCUACAUUCUUAAAUGCUGUCGCUUUAGUGAUUCCUUGCAUAAAUCCCUUAGAUCACUGUGGCUACUAACACCAAAACCACUGGGUGACUAUGUGUUGCUUUCCAGUAAUAACAUUCUUUCCAGACACAUCAAAUGUUUGGGAUGCUUUUAUCACUUUAUUGACAGAAGCACUUAGAAUUCCAAGCAGGACUAAAGACAAUGGAAUAAUUAGCAAUAAAGUAGAGGUCUAUGUUUUAUGUACUGCUGUUUAGAUUGGUUUACUGGGCAGGUGGACAGCAGCAUAAAAGACUAUUUCUUGAACAUUGUUCUAGCAUCAACUCUCAGUUAAAAUGCUUUGUAAAGCCUAUGUAUGUGCAUGAAAGUAUAUGUUUAAAAUACUUCUAGGCUGCCUUUAAGGGCAAUAGCACUGAUUCCAUUCUAGACUGAAAUCUGUUCACAACAAUGCUGGCUAUUGAAUUCCUGCAUCAUAGAAUGUAAAUCCGGCUGAUGCUUGGUGGAGGCAGUUAUUCUGUGUGUGAGAAUCCUUGGCUUGGGACCAUACGUUCUUCAAAGUGUUAUCCUAUUACCACAUUCUGGUAAUAUUUGGAAUAUGUAAUAUGUAUGGGAUUCCUCUCUCACAAUACUCUAACAGUUAGUUUUAGUUCUUUAAAUUAUAAAAUGAAUUAUUUAAAUGCAUUUUAGCCAGCUUUGCAUUAAAAGUAAUACCAAAGCAAGCAAAAAAAAGAGUAAAGCCUCAACUGUACAUAGGAUGAGAAGUUGUGCUAGAACAAAAUAUACCAGGUUUUUUGGUUGUGCACAUUAUUCUGAGGCUUGCAUUUAGAAGAGCAGCCUGGAGCUGUAGAGGGGGUCUUGAGGUCUUUGCAGACUUAACAAAGCUAUUUAUUAGGCCCUUUCAGAGUUAAAAAUGGCUGGAUUCAGGUUUGUGCCACCAAUCAAACUGAAAGCUAGUUUGGAGGGAGCAUCAAUAAAAGGAAAUAGUUGCACCUGGGCAAGAAGGAAAGAGAUAAAAUCUGGAAAAAGAAAGAAAAAAAUGCAGAAAAAUGGAAAAAGUAAUUUGAGGGGAAAAUAAUGAAGCCAAAACCUCUGUUUGAAUCAGGAGACUAAUAGGAAACAUUGUUAGUUCAGAACAGUGAGACGUCAUCCAACAAUUUUUUGCCAGGAUCUUGUGCAGGUAGCAGGAGGAACCAUUUGUGGGGCAAUGAUAUGAAUGGGAAACCCAACCCUGUAUGCCUUGCGAAGAAGUGAAUUCUUUCUUCACUCCCUUCUGACUUGGAGGACAAUCAGUUAAGAGGAAACCAUUUGGUUUUAAAGGAAUUGGGUGAGAAACCAUAGAGUCACUCGCUGAGAUGGGCGGCUAUAGAAAUCAAAUAAAUAAAUAAAUAGACUGGGUUUGUGUGGGGAGAGAGUUUGCUCUGUAUUUCAAUAGAGAUUAAUUCAGUUCUGAUUAGUCUCUUUGUUUAAUUAUUGCAAUUGUAAUAUCUUCUGUUUGUAUUUUAGUUUGUUUCAAAUAAAGUUCUUUUUUUAUUGA